AUGUUUAGGAGAGACUCAAGAUCUGAUUCUUGGUUCUUCAGCUUUCUGGUUGGUAGUCUGUCCAGGAGUUUCUUAGUCUUUGCAGCCCCUGCUGAGAAUCAGACUUCUAAAGGCUUUGCUCCUGUCACGAUAGAGACCUCAAGACACAUGUACGAAUAUGUGGCCACUGCUGUGGACUGGUGGCAUGCAGACAGAUACUGUGACCAGCACUUUGCCCAGUUGCUUUUUGAACCCCCAGACAGUGAGCAAGCUUCCUUCAGCCAGCUGCUGCAGUCCCACCACAUCAAAGGUUCCCUCUGGCUGAACGACAGGGAUGGUGUCCUGCACAAGCCAAAACGGAGACGGGACCAUGUCGUACCAGUCCUGAUGUUCAAAGACAAAACAGACACAAAAUACGUGAAGGUGCUUUCUGACUUCCCAGAACUGCCUGCUGUCACAGCCUGUGCCCACCUCCAGUGGGACUCCAGGAGCCAGGAGAUCGCCACCAUCUUCUCCUAUGCCGUGCCAGCUUUUAUUAAUGAAUUCCAGCUCCGUGGCUUUGUCGAUGAGGAAGGCUUUGUUCGAUUUGCUCUCAUUGUCCACGGGCACCAUUCCCCAUACCUGCCUGUGUUCCGUGCUGAUGGACAGUGGCAUCACUUCUGCGUGACCUGGCAGCAGGAAAAUGGGACCUGGGCCAUCUACGCCGAUGGCAAAAGGAGGGCGUCUGCCAGCGGUCUGUGUGCUGCGGGGCUGGCUGCCCCCCAGGCCAUCUACGGCCAGGGCACUUUCAUAAUCGGUCAGGAUCAAGAUUCCCUGGGGGGCACCUUCAGGGCAAAAGAGUCCUUCAGUGGGAACAUCACAGACUUGCACAUCUGGCAGAAAGUCCUGAGCGCGGAGCAGAUUGAGAAAGUUCGGUCGUGCUGGAUGAUAGAACAAGAGCUUGUAUUUGGGUGGAGCUCAAAUGCUCUGGAGGUUGAAAGCACCGUCCAGGAGGUGACCGCACAGUUUCUUUGCCCAGGGCCUGUUGAGGAAUGCCGAGUUUUUGAAGUUGGCAGCAGUGGAUUCCGCUACACGCCUUGUUUGCAGUCUUUGCCUUUUAUCUGUCGCUACAGAAAGGAUGCAUAUCGGCAACUGAAAAAAGCUCAGCUGGAAUCCAGCCACUCGCUUGUCAGCCGUGUGAACGCGCUUGCAGAGAGGACUGUGAUGCCUGAGAACAUCUUCAGGAGUGAUGUCCGAGACAUGAACCUCUCUGUCGCUCUUGGUACUCUGGAUGUCCUGGCAGCUGUUCUGAGGGAAGGAGAGGCACCGGUGGAGCCCUCAGACCUGCUUGCGGUGCUUCUGUUACUAAAGCAAGUUUCCAAUGUGGAAGUCCAGGAGGGAGAGGAGCUGAAGAUAUUGGAGCAACUGAGCCAAUAUUAUGUGGAAGUGACCGAGUUAAUCCUGGAAGAGCACAAUAUCGAAACGUGGUCAUCAGUCAGCCAGGUUAUCAGAGGGCCUAUGGCUGUUGUUGAGCUCUGUGACAGAAUGGUGUCACUCCUAGCCCCGCUGCUGACCGCAGGGAGGACAAAGAUCACAAUUCAGCACAGGAAUGUUGGGAUGGAGGUCAGGAAGCUGGAACUGAGUAGGCCAGAGCUGAGCAGUGAGGCAUACCUGAUCCAGAGCCCCGAAAAAGACAGGCCUGACCUCAUUGAAGUUCCUGAGGAAGAGAUGCAAAGGCUGAAAGCCAAAGGUCUCCGCAGGGUCAUGGUGAAGAACAUGUGGUUUGGCUACGGCUCCCUCCAGCGCUGCCUGACCAGCCACGGCAGCGCCACAGCCUCCCAGGAUAUGGCUGCCUCCGACAGAGGACAGAAGUACCUGCGCACCGCGGUGGGCACCGCCGUCAUUUCAUCCGCUCUGCUCAGUGACGACCAGGAGAUAAGCACGUCUGUGCGCUACCGCCUGCAGCACCGCAUCGAGGAUCUGCCCGAUAAGCUGCCGGGGCCCAUCUGUGCCUUCUGGAACUUCAGCCUCAGCCCAGAUGCUGGUGGGAUGUGGUCGACAGCUGGCUGCUCUGUGGUGACUUCUCUCCCGGACUCCACUGCCUGUUUCUGCAACCACACCACAAACUUUGCAGUGCUGCUGCAAGUGUACGAGAUGCAGAGGACCACCAAGGAGGAGAUCACACUACAGACCUUGACUUUUAUUGGAUGUGGAGUUUCCUUCUGUGCCCUGAUUGCUACCUUUAUUUUAUUCUUGGCAGUUGGUGUCCCCAAGAGUGAGCGAACAACUGUGCACAAGAACCUCAUCUUUGCCUUAGCUGCAGCAGAAGCUCUGCUCAUGUUCAGUGAACUGGCAAAGACCAACCAGGUGGUGUGUUUCAUGGUCACUGCCUUCCUUCAUCUCUUCUUCAUGGCAGCCUUCUCGUGGAUGCUGGUAGAGGGACUUCUCCUGUGGAGCAAAGUGGUAGCAGUCAACAUGAGUGAAGACAGGAGAAUGAAGUUCUACUAUUUGACAGGCUGGGGCCUUCCAGCCGUUAUCGUGGCUGUGACCCUCGCGACUUCCUUUAACAAGUACGUGGCAGACAGCCACUGCUGGCUGAACGUUCAGACCAACGUCAUCUGGGCCUUUGUCGGGCCGGUUCUCUUCAUCCUGGCAGUGAAUACUUUUGUGCUUUUCCGGGUGGUGAUGGUGACUGUGUCCAGUGCUCGCAGGAGAUCAAAGAUGCUGACACCCAACAGCAGCCUGGAAAACCAGAUCGGAAUACAGAUUUGGGCCACAGCCAAGCCCAUCUUGGUGCUGCUGCCCGUGCUGGGGCUGACAUGGGUGUGUGGGGUCCUUGUCCACCUCAGCAUUGUCUGGGCCUAUGUCUUCAUCGUGCUCAACUCCCUCCAGGGCGUGUAUAUAUUCCUGGUCUAUGCAAUCUAUAACAGCGAGGUGAGGAAUGCCAUCCAGAGGAUGAAGGACAAGAAGAAAGCACUCUCAUUCACAAACUGCUCUCAUCCCAUCAACUACUUAUCAAGUCCAAGAAACACAACCUCCUGGGAGACCGGGAAACUGAGUCCUUCUGCAGCUGAGAGUGCCUUGUCAAGCCCUGUGCAGAAAGAUCCACCAGUGAAGAACAUCACCAACAAAGGCAACUUUGGAGCCAAAAUUCCCAUGGGGAUUUCAUCAAUUAUGUCACCAGAGAGACCGGCCGUGGAGCUGACAGCAUUCAAAUCCUCAGUGUCUAAGCAGGGCAUGCUUAGACUAUUUUCAAGAAGAUGCCACCCAGAAGCAUUACAGCUUUCCUCCCCACAGUGGACACAUGAGCAAGGCAGAAACAGUGGCACCCAGGAAUAA